GCGCCGUCUCAUGACAUGGAGUCCUCCAACCAUCCGGGGGCGCAGCUCGCGGUCCUCCCACCGCCGGUCGGCGGGAGGAGUCCUCCGGGUGGAGCGCCCCCCUUCCUCCCCUGCAGCGGCCGGAGGACCGAACUGCAGCUUUCCCUUCCCAGUCGGGGUUUUGUUUUCCAUUCGAGCGGGGCCUGGACUCCCGCCGCAGCCGCAGCCGCAGCCGCCGCGAUCGGAUGGCGACUCUCCGCGCACUCGGGGCCCUGCGACGACACAUCGGCACUCACUUUGCCCGCCGGAGGUUCAGCUUGUUCGGCAGGAGCCGCAACCAGAGCCGGGCCGGGCCUAGGCCAGGAACAGCGAGCUCGGAUGCUCAGGAAGGCCCAUGAAACAGGAUUCCUGUCCUGGUUUCGGAAUGGGUUGCUGGCAACUGGAGUGGGAGUGAUAUCAUAUAUGCAGAGUGACACAGGAAGAGAGGCAGCUUAUGGAUUCUUCAUCCUUGGAGGAGUCUGUAUCUCCUAUGGGAGUGGCUCGUACAUUGCUAACCUCUUCCUGCUGAGGAGGAUGAUGAUGCUCUCUGUGCCAACAGCUUUGGUGAGUGGGCUGGUGGUGGGGGCGGUGGCCCUGUUUUGGCUGUGUGCCGUCUCCCUUUACAUCGGGCGGCUAGAAGUAGAGAUCAUCCACGACGAGGAAUGCGAGGACUGCAAGUCAAAGGAGGACAAGAGCAAAUCGGACAAGUAAUGAGGGCAGAUGCAGAAAGGAGGCGAUCGGAUGUUGAGAGCUGAAUCUUGCAUAUGUAGAAAUUUGUAUAUACAUAUUAUGGGUGCACAGGAUUUAAAGUUCCUAUGUUGAAGCAAUUAUUGACACAUCAAGGCUAAUUCAUUGGCUAUAAAGCACUUUGGGACAUCAGGCAUCAUGAAGGGCAUGAUAUGAAUGUAAAUUCUUUCUUCUAUUUAAUCACUGAACUAAGGAAAAGAAUAUGAAAUUGAUGUUCCCACAGUUGGGGUUCCUUUUUUAUUUUGUUUCUGGUUGGGUUCAGAGAUGUACCAGUCUGGGAAGUUCCGACAUUAAAGUGGCUGAGGUGGACUGUCUUAUGGAGCAAAGGAUCCACUGGCAGCAGACGCUAUAAAAAAAGUAACAAAUGCCCAGUCUGAGUUCCUUAUUGAGUGACCAUCCCCCAAACCUCCUCUAACAGCCCUGUCUGUUUAAUGGAUAGGAUAACCAUUAGGUUUACUGUUAUCCUUUCAUGUGAUUAAAUAGCCUUGCAGUAAGUUACAACUUAUUCAUGGGCAGCAACUGCCAGAACAUACCCAGACUUAGCGUCAUCAAGAUAUUGGAAUUAAACAAAGGCCAGCUUGUUGAUGGGCCAAAUGGCUUUGUGUGCUGCAUCAUUCCCUGGCUUAUUCCUGGCCCCUAUUUGCGAGCCUUUUAUUGCACAUGCUCUUUGACCUGUGCAGCUCUCAUUCAAAGCUUCUGAUAAAGAGACCUCCUUCCUUGGGUUAUUUAUCGAUAUCUCCUUGGUAUUGUGAAAAAGAAACCUCGUCUGAUGGCUGGAUAUUUAAACGUUGAUUUCACAAGUGGCUUGCAUUCUUCUGCACUUCAACAUGAACAAAUGAAAUAAAAUGCAAAUUUUAAAAUGUUGAA